AUGUCUAAAGACUUCAACUACAUAAGAGGAAAACCAGUCGACGUACACGCCGAAUUCGGAGUCGACCAGAUUUCCCAGCACAAUUAUCGUGGUCGUAAACCGUUAAUCAGACCGAGACCAGAUGCCCGAGGAGUCUUUGGAGGAAAUCUCGCGGGACAAGCAUUAUUAGUCGCCAUUAGAUCAUCACCACCAGAAUUCAAACCACAUUCCUUGCAUUCAUUUUUCGUCCGGGCUGCGAAUGAUAAAACCCCGAUUGCGUGGGAGGUGAGUGAAGUUUCGAAUGGGAAGACGUUUGUUAAUAGAUCUAUAAAGGGGAUUCAAGAUGGGCAGAUUGUUUAUAUUGCGAAUAUUUCUUUGACGAAGCGGAAUUCUCAUAAAGAAGCCGUUCGGAAAUAUGAGGAAUAUUAUGCUAAGAUUGAACAAAGGGCUAAAGAAAGUGAUGAAGAUGAGGAAGAAGAAGAGGAUGAUGAUGCACCAGCCCCACCAAAACCAUUUGUAUUCCAAACGCCAUAUCAUGAAU